AUGAAGUGUGGUAUCCUGCUCGUGUUUCUGUUCGUGAUCGUUACAUCGUCGGCCAUGAUAUCCUUGGUAGAUUUAUUCAAAAAGGAGUGGGAAAGUUUCAAGCUAACGCACAAUAAGAUUUACAAGUCAGUGGCAGAAGAAAUGCGUCGCAUGGAAAUAUACGCUCUGAACAAAUACAAGAUAGUCCAACACAACGAGCUCUUUGAACAAGGACAGGUUUCCUUUAAGCUGAAAGUGAACAAAUACUCCGACAUGGAACGUGAAGAGUUUAGCCAAAUCAUGAAUGGUCUCAUCUACCAUGCUGACGACAAUUCUACAAGUCACGGUUCACGUGUUACGAGAGCAACUGCGAGCCUCCCCGAUCAGGUGGACUGGCGUGAAAAGGGAGCAGUAACGGCCGUGAAGGACCAGGGAAGUUGCGGAUCCUGCUGGGCCUUUAGUACCACGGGCGCUCUCGAAGGCCAGGUUUAUAUCAAACAUAAUCGCUUGACAUCCCUAUCGGAGCAAAACUUGGUCGACUGUGCGGGCAAAUACGGAUGCCAUGGCUGCCAGGGCGGUUGGAUGAACAGCGCAUUCUCGUUCAUUAAGGAUAAUGGUGGGAUUGACACUGAGGUUUCAUAUCCGUAUCAAGCGAAAAACGACCAAUGCAGGUAUAAUGCCAAGAACUCAGGCGCUACUAACAAUGGAUACAAGACGAUCCCGAAUGAUGAAGACAAACUGAAGGAGGCGGUAGCAAACAUUGGACCUAUAGCAGUAGCCAUAGACGCCGGCCACGCAUUCCAGCACUACGCAGAUGGAGUGUACUAUGAAAAGAACUGCUCUUCUUCUAAACUCAAUCAUGGGGUUCUGGUUGUGGGCUACGGCACAGACACGAACGGCGGCGACUAUUGGCUCGUAAAAAACUCCUGGAGUAAGGGGUGGGGUAGGGAUGGGUACAUCAAGAUGGCGCGCAACCGCAACAACAACUGCGGCAUCGCUAGUGCCGCUUCUUAUCCAACUGUUGAAUAAUGUUAUGUGGAAGUUAACUACUACUGUUCGGAACGACCUUUUACGCCAAAAAAUUUUUGUUGCUGUACG